AGGAAGAAACUCUGGACAUAAUUGGACAGUACAAACCCGAAAUAUUUUGUUAAGAUCUCGACCGCGAGCUCUGGCCUCGUCCGCAAAGAACGUUGCGCUAGAUGUGAGCUUCCGGUCUCGCUCACGGAACGCCUUAAAGUAGGCAAACUGCAUUACCACCGCACGUGCUUCAAGUGCGCACUUUGCGCCACGCUCCUCACUGUCGACAACUACUACCGGACCGAGAGCGGCGACAUCUGCUGCGAAGUGUGUCCCGAUGAAGAAAAAUCCGCUUCCGAAAGGCUUCUUCGACAGCGCUCCAUGAGCGACGAAGAAAAAACCGCCGGUCUCAGGACGCACUCGCACGAUGAAGAAGACGACUAUAGUGCGAUGUUCGAAACAGCGAUGGAAAGCGUGCAGUCGAAGAUCCUGGAUGAGUUCGCCGACGCGCGGUCCCACUUCGUCAGUCAAAUGACUUUUAACAGCGAAGAAAACUCAAACUCGGAAGUUGCCGACAGUGAAAGUGCCUACAAAGACAUUGCGGAAACUGUGGACAGUGACAGUGGUUUACCUAGUGUUAGUUACAAGUUUAGCCAUAAGCUCGAGGAAACUCAAGAUGUUACCAAAGAUGAGUCUGAUGACGUCAAGUUAUCUCAGAAUGAAGACAAUUUAAAGCACAGUGAACUAGAAGAGACAAGUGAUAUUGAAGCACAACUUUUGGACGAGAAAGAUUCAGAAAGAAGCGGCAAUAAUUUGAAUGAUAGUAAAGUAAGUUACUCGAACAAAGAAGACUUAGGAAUUAGCAGCAAUGUUUCUGAUACAAGUAGUAAUGAUAUAAAAGCGAUAAGUAAAUUAGAUGAUUCCGAAAGCAGACAUUUAGUAAUUGAUAUCAGAGCCAGGAAAGAAGACACUACUAGUGCUAGCAGUGAAAGUAAAACAGAUAAAGCAUCAAUCUUGAACGAGAAAGAUUCAGAAAUUAGCGAUAAUAGUUUGAAUGAUAGUGAAUCACGAAGAACAAAUUACUCGAACACAGAAGACUUAGGAAUCAGUAGCAAUAUUUCUGAUGCUACCAGUAGUAAUGAUACAAAAGCGAUAAGUAAAUUAGAUGAUUCCGAAAGCAGAAAUUCAGCAACUGAAGCUAGUGAUAUUAGAGGCAGGCAAGAAGACAUUACUAAUGUUAGCAGUGAAAGUAAAACAGAUAACUCGAAUAGCCACUUAGUUGAUGCUACAAACGAAUCGGUAACUUCUAAAAAUAACGAUGAAGAUUCAGCAGCGGACUCGAGUGUAGUAAUGAUCGAAAGUAGUCCAAGUGAUGUUAUAGUGAUAAGUGAUUCGGUUUCAAGUGAAUAUUCAAAGGAGCAAAGUGAAGUCUUCGAAACCUCAGCGAUAGAAGAACCGGUUGCUGAGAAGAAGACUGAAGAAAAGUAUCCCGUUAAUUUGAACCCCUUUGGAGAUGAAGAUGAAGAAAACGAAGAAAUGGCGUUGCAUUCUUCACAACCUAAGAGCGUGAAACCGACACCUGCUAGAAGAUUAAAGAAAAUAUUGGCUUCUGAGGAAGAUAAGCAGGUAGUAACACCGGGAAAAGUCUUGCCUAAAAGAAUCAGCCUGAAUCCUUUCGAAGAUGAUGACGACACCGAGGAGCAGAAAGAACCACCGCAACCUGUCAGGCGAAAAAGGAUAUCAGUACCCAAAACUAGUUUCAACUUGUUUGAGUCCGACGACGAAGAUGAAAAUCCUUCGUUUGAGUGA